GGUGGCUCGCGUUGAUCGGAGGUGCGCUACGUCCAGCCGAGUUGGUACUCGCAACCACCAGACUCCGAUUGGGUAGCAAACGAGAACUCGUCGCCACUCGCUCGUCGUGAAUUUCAAUCGUUCUCCGUGACCGGCACGGGCAGGAAAAGCGGACAGGAAGUAUCAGGAAUACGGUGGUUACUCGGAUAACAGAAAUAGUGUUAAGAAAUCAUUUGUCGAUAAGAUUAGGAGUCGCGAAGAUUAGGUAAUUGGGUGUAGGCUGCGUGUUUGCUGAAGAGAAAGUCAAGCCAAGAGAGGCCGGAAGAGCCAAAAAGAACAGCGGAGCGACACGUUGCUGCGGCUAUGCUGCUUCGCGCGCCGUGUAUCUUUCCUUUCGUAUUUACGGUGUGCUGUUGGCUGCGUGACAAUGCUGCGAUCCCGUUGGCCUCUGAUUUGUCAGUCGCAAAUCGCAUGCGGAAUGCAUUCGGAGAGGAAAAGAUAGAUUCUCAGGAUAAUCGGGCUGCAUCGAGGCUUCGUACAAGGAGGAAUGCGGAGUCGACUAGCAGCUCGCUUGACAAUUCGUUCAGCGACGAAGCAUCCUCCGCGGAGGACGAACAGUCGCCGGAGGACGAAUUGAGAAUAAACAAUCAGAACGUGAAUGUGAACAUCAAUCAGUACAGCGGUCGGAAUAAGCCGCGGAGGACUACUAUUACUCCCGCGCCGGCCACCAUGAUGCCUAAACCGAGGAACGUUGAAGUCAAGGAAGACCAGAGCUGCGUGAGCGGCAAGAAGAAGAACCAAAGGUACUCGAGCAGCUUCGUCGGGAACACGACGAGACCGUUGACGGUCGAUAAGGAAUUCGACGACGUGAUCGGUAAUAAUUCCAAGGCGAGGACUACCAGUAGCGUGCACGUCGGCGAGGACAUCACUCUGUGCUGGAUCGAGACGACGACGAUCAAGGAGGACAAGAACGUGCGGCCGCCGAAGAGGCUGGUGAUUCGCGAGUACACGAUCUCUUUCGAGAACUCGGCGACCAUACCGGAACGGUACCUCGAGUGCGAGAGACUCGAGGGCGAAGUGACGGCGAACGACCCCGAGAUCGGCAAGACCGCCUUGUUCGAGGUCAUAGAUGAGGACACCAAGACGAGCAGGGUCGUCAACUUCACCACAGUCAGCAACGUCGGCGACAUUCUCAUCUGGCAACACAAGAGGGUGAAGUGCGGAGUCGGGCCGGUGGUCAACAAGAACAUCAUCGAGUGGAACGACGGCUCGGAAAAUCCGAAGAAGAGAGUAGAGAUCAAGGUCAGCCCUGAGAUGCAUCAGUUGACGGCGAAGAAGACCGAGCAGGAGCCCUGCACUGAGGAGAUCGAAGAGAGCAGCGUAGAGUCCAACAUCACGAGCGACUUGACCGAAUCCUGCGAGAACACCGCAGAGAGCGGCGCUUGCGAGGUGACCACGCAGUCCGACGAGGGUCUUACGAGGCGUCCUGACAGCGACGGGACCGAGGAAGUUGUUACCAAGCUGUCAUCGAGUGACGAACUCAGCAGCGGUGAGUUCGGCAGUGGCGAAAACGGCAGCGAGGAAGCGCUGGUGCUGUCUACCGGCCAUAAGAUCCCAACAUUAUCUUACGAAACGACGAUCUCGAAGCUGAUGAGCACCACCAAAGCGCCGAUCUCCGAGAAGAAGGACGAGUCGGUUCUCCCGAGUGUAGAGUGCGAGGAGAACUCGUUGGAUCCGGAGUGCGCGGGGCGAGGAAGCAGUGUGUCGCCCGAAGAGCUGUCUGUCGAGUCCUCGACGAUCGAGGAUAAAUUGUUGGAAAGCUUACCCAUCGAAUUUCCGUCUGGUUCGAGUGAGAGAGGCGUCACUUCGACGAUUCCUAAUUGGGUGACUGAACAAACGACUCCGUUCGUGUCUAAAACAGACGUCUCGAUUGAAUCUAAAGAAAUCUCGGAUUCAGCCGAUAUUAGUAAGUCGCCUGACCAAACGAGAGAAUCUGAUGUCUCUACGCCCGCGAAGACAGCGGGGGGUGGCACCUCCGAAGAGGACACGUCUGUGACGAGCAUGGAGGUAGACAUUGGCACCAUAACCUCGGGUAAAGCUAGCUCUGAAAAAGUGAUUACGAGCACAUUACCGUCACUAGAACUGACCAAGUUUAUCAAGGAAGUGCUGAAACUCGGCAAACUCCCCGACAAGUCGUCCGAAUCGUCAUCGAGCUCAGAGUCCUCGUCGAUAUACGAGGAGGAGUCGUUGGAAGAGAGCGAAGAGAUUGUAACGAUAAGGACGAUCGACCGAGCGACGACGAUCGAGCCGGAGAUCAUCAGCAAGGUGGAGCUUAUCCCGGUGACUUCAACGACGACGUCGUUGCCGAGAUACCCGCCAAUAGUGUUGCCACAGGCACCCAGCGACGAGGCAGAUUAUACUUGCGAGAAUUCUGAGGAUUGCGCCACCAGCUUGGCGGCUUGCGACGAAACCGGCGAUUGUCCCACGACCAGCAGAUCCUGCGAGUCUGGCGAAUGUUCGAACGUGGAGGUCGACUAUUCAGAGUCUGAGACGUUUGCGUCGGUCGAUGCGCAGGCGACCGAAGCCACGAGCAUCACGAUGGUCGCGUUGACCUCUCAGGAGGCUGAAAACGGCUCGACGGUGAUCAACAGUAUUCCCACUACUGUGGAGGCCCGCAGAAGCACGCCCUUGUCGUCCAUAACCACGGCUAAGCCGCGGCAUAAGUUCACGCUGAGAGUGAAGAUCCUCCUGGAGCAUGUAAAUGAUAAGAAAGAGAAGCAGAACUUGGUCGAGGUCGAGAAGAAGCUGCUGUUGAAUGAGAACCCGGAGCACCGUUGGCAAGCAGCAGACGAGUUGCUUAAACAGCUCAAAUCCUUGAAUGACUCCGUGAACGUGGAGACUAUGAACGCGUUAUUGAAUUGCACCAGCUUGAGCAAGCUGACAAAGGACGCAAACUUCAUUAGAGUAGAACCUAGUGACAUCAUCGACGACAGCCACGAAAGAUCAGGACGUCCCGAGGACUCGCGGCAGCUCAACUCCGCGCAUGCACACACCACAUAUGAGGACACACAGUAUACUGAGUCCAAUGAAGAAAUCGAAUUGGUGUCUGGAGGGCGAAGACGAAGAAGUCUCGACGUAAACUUCACAAUGGUUGAUACGAACGGCACAUUGACAGACAUGAAUGGACUGAACAUUUCUAAAUCAAGUUAUCUUGAUCUUAAUGACUCCUUGACGUCAGAUUCGAACAUUUCUGUAUCGACUGCGCGAUAUCAGCAGGAAGACGAGCAAUCUGAAACUAGUUUCCCGACGGAAGAGAACGUACAGUUCUUCACGACGACGCGUGGCUCUGAGGAAGAGACAAUCGACUUUGCGUACAUAGAAAAUGAGAGAAACGUGACUAGAGAGAAGAACGAGAGCGAAGUGAUUAUGGAGACGCAAAGUGUCAGCAACGAAACGAAGAUGGAGAUUAUUCGGGAGACCUUGCCAGGGAUAAAGGAGGACGUCUCGAUCGGGCUCGAGCGUGUGGUGUCGGAGUUGACGCAUGGUAACUUGACUUUGGUCAAGGACGGCAGAGAAUUGGCUAAAGUGAGCCUGAUGGGUAUCCUAGCGAACCCCAAGGAUGGCAGGAUUCACUCGAGGAGAAGGCGAGAGGCCACGGAGGAAGUUGGACGUUGGUCGAACGAGAGAAUCAGCAAAGUGCCGAGCUUGAGCGGCGAUCUACGAAGUUUCACCGAAAUCACACUGUACAAAGUUUUGCCUUGAGCAGACUUGUUUGACGGGAUUUAUCUUAUCUCGUCGUUCCAACGAUUAUUCGUCUUCCUAAUGGUAGAUAACAAAUGAUCCCAACAAAAUCAAGACGAGAGAUUGUACACUCGUGAACAGAAAGAUUGUACGUAAUUUUUGGAGUGAGUUUAUGAACUCUCUGUCUUGUUUAAUAGGAGAAUGCGUUUUUCAAUGAGGAAAUUCUCCCACUGAACAAACUGGAUGAAUUCACAAACUUAGCUCAAAAAUUACGGACAACAUUUUUGUUCACGAGUGUACAGUAAAAGUAUCAAUAACUGGGGACACUAAUAACACUGGUAACCUAAUUCUGAAUAUUAUCAUUAUUU